GUGGCUCUAUGCUUGAAGUCUCAAUGUUGGGAGGAAUUUCAUACCAUGAUAGAAUGGAAUCCUCCUCACCAAACUAAGGCUAGCUGAAAGUAAAGUCUUGAUAUUUUACCACUUACCUCCCCAGGGACGGACGAGGGGAUAGUCUGUAUGUUGGGUCCGACCACUCAGAGCGUCCUUCUUCAACGCUAUUUUAAGCCCAUACGUCCGUGACCGUCACCAUGCCGUCCAUCACCAUUUGUGGGAAGUCUAGGGAUCGCAUUGGCAGAGGCCGUCAGGCCACCCUGGCUCAUUUGACAUGAGAAACUCGAGUAGGCAGUACGAACUGUAUCCCAUUACUGCACUUGUUUCAUCGACAUGAUGGCCUCUCAUUCAGCUCCCUCAAACGUGCCCUUAUCCGAUAUCGACAACCAGUACUGGAAUGAGCGUUCGGAGAGGCGGACAGCAGCUCUACAUCAACUGAAGGCGGUUCUCAAAGAAAAGUUAUGCAGAGAGCAGGUGCCACCUCCAUUUUGGGCCUUCUGUCAAGUCGCGGACGUAUCCAAACUGGAAGAGAUGGUCCUUAUUGUGCAGCAGGCCCCAAAUGCCAAAAUAGCACAACUUUGCCUGGAACCGACAAUUAAGGAUUGUGAUUCGGCGAUAGCCCGAUGGCUGCAAAACUUAAAUCGUUCAACAACAGCGAGCCGUAAUUGCAAAGAAAGAGAUCAGAGCAAGUGCGUGCUUACUGGAUGGGAGGAACCGGAUACUGCGCAUAUUUAUACGCAUAGCCUUAUAAAAGCAUCUGGGCGUGAACCAAGAGCAGUCGGGAGAUUCUGGGAUAUCCUUGGUUUGUUUUGGGAGGAGGAACGUGUCGAACAGUGGAAAAAGGAGAUAUUCAGUGACCCACGGGACUUGAAGGCACCAAAGGAUGGUUGCUUUAACAUGAUCAGCCUUGAUAAGCAUCCACACGCUCUCUGGGGAGCUGGUCGUUUCGCCCUGCGACCUAAAGAGCUCUCUGCAGAUCUCAAAGAACUAAAAGUUGAAUUCCAUUGGCAGCCGAAGCCCUCGCAUGAGACAGAAGAAAUUGAUCUUCUUACAGAGCCAGCAACGUCCCGGGGUUUGUACAAGUAUGGGGGACGUGGUUUGCCAGUCCCUACAGGUACUUAUAAGGAAGAUGAUGACCCUGACAAACUACCACUACCAAGCUGGCCCCUCCUUGAAAUGCAGUGGCAUUUACAGAGGAUUGCAGGGAUGAGUGGGGCCGCCGAAGCAAGCGGGGACUUGGACCACAAUGAUGAUGAUGACGAUGGAAAAGAGAUGCCCACAUAUGAUCGUGACGCCAAUGUACGGAGCGUUAGAGCCAUCUUUGAGUGGUUACGGCUUUUACCGGAAAAUGAGCAAUCUACACCCCCGCCCAUGUCUGUCAAUCCCCGUGUAGGAGCUCGUUUCGCUCCCGCUUAG